AUGUCGAAAUUACAAAAUGAUACAGAAUAUGAUUGGUUAGUAAAACUAUUAAUUAUAGGAGAUUCUGGAGUAGGCAAAACUAAUGUUCUUCUUCGUUUUUGUGAAGAUAAAUUUACUCCUACUCAUUUAACAACUAUAGGAAUUGAUUUUAAAAUGAAAAAAAUAGAAAUAGAUAAAAGUAAAAUUAAAUUAUAAGUAUGGGAUACUGCAGGUUAAGAAAGAUUUCGAACUAUAACUUAAAAUUAUUAUAAGGGUGCAAUGGGUAUAAUUAUGACAUAUUCAAUAAAUGAUAAAGAAUCGUUUAAUAAUGUUGAAAUCUGGAUGAAAUAAAUUAGAGAAUAGGCAGAUAGUAAUGUAUAAAAAAUACUUAUUGGUAAUAAAUGUGAUCUGGAAGCUGAAAGGUAAGUAACUUUUUAUGAAGGAAAAUCUUUAGCGGAUACUUUUGGAAUUAAAUUUUAUGAAACAUCAGCAAAAAAUAAUAUCAACGUUUAUGAUGCUUUUAUUGAUAUAUGCAGAGAUAUAAAAGAAAAAAUGGUUCAAUAAUAAAGUUUAAAUAAAUAAGAUUAAUUUGAUAUUUAUAAUGAAAAAUAAAAUAAAAAUAAAAAUAGGGUGGAUGUGAAUGUUGAAAAAAAUAAUAUAUUAUAUAUAAUUAUUAAUAAUAAUAAAAAAAAUAUUACAAUAAAUAUAUUCGAAAUAGUGAAUAUUAAAUAAUUUUAUAAUAAAAUAUAAUUAUUUAAUAAUACAUAAAUAAAAAUACUUUUUAUACUUAAAAUUAUUAGCUAUAUUUUUAUACAAUAGUAUGUGAGAAAAAAUAGUAGUUUAUAAUUUUCUUUCACAUAAUUUUAUAUGUUAAUAAUUUUUUAUUCAUAUUUUUUAUCAUAUAUCAUUCUUUAUAAAAAAAAAUAAAAAUCAAAAUAUAUUUAUUUUUUAUAUCUUUUUAAAUAAUAUAUUCUAAAUGCUUUUAAUUUUUAAAAAAUCAUAUUUGUUUGUUAAAGACUUAUUAAUUGA